AUGCGCCAGAAAAUCCACCUUUUGGCCACACAUAGAUUCCAGUUUACCCGCCAAUUUGGGUCUUUUUUAACAUCAACAAAUUUACAAACUUUAUGCUCCAACAGUCACUUAAACUAUGCACUCACAUACAUGGCAAAAUUGGGCCUUGAAAUGAAUUUUCAAGAAUAUGAUACAAUUUUAAAUGAAUGUAUAAAACAGAAAUGUGUGAGAGGAGGUCAAAGGGUUCAUGCCCACGUGAUCAAAACUCAAUAUCAACCCACAUUGUAUCUUGGAACAAGGUUGCUUGUGUUCUAUAACAAAUGUGAUUGUUUAUAUGAUGCACGGAAGGUGUUCGAUGAAAUGCCUGAAAGAAAUGUGGUUGCGUGGACGGCUAUGAUGUCGGCGUAUUCGAAAAGAGGGUAUGGCUGUGAAGCUCUGGAUCUUUUUGUCAAGAUGUUAAGAUCAGGUAUCGAUCCUAAUGAAUACACAUUUGCGACUGUGCUCACUUGUUGCACUAGAGUCCCUGGGCUUGACUAUGGGAAGCAAGUUCACAGUCUUAUAGUCAAAAACAGUUUUGAGUCUCAUUUAUAUGUUGGGUGUUCUCUCCUUGAUAUGUAUGCGAAAGCUGGUGGAAUUAAUGAAGCUCGUUUUAUUUUUGAAGAACUACCAGAACGGGAUGUUGUUUCUUGGACUGCCAUUAUCUCGGGUUAUGCCCAAUUGGGUCUUGACGAAGAUGCGUUGGAGCUUUUUCGUAGGUUGUUAAGGGAAGGAAUGGAUUCAAAUUAUGUUACUUAUGCUAGUGUUCUGACUGCGGUAUCUGGAAUUGCAGCAUAUGAAAUGGGAAAGCAAAUUCAUAGUCACGUCCUUCGUUCUGAACUUCCCUUUUAUGUGGUUCUUGAAAACUCUCUGAUUGAUAUGUACACAAAAUGUGGCCAGCUAACUUAUGCAAGGAGGAUUUUUGAUAAUAUGUCUGAGAGAACUGUUAUUUCAUGGAACACAAUGCUUGUAGGAUACAGUAAACAUGGAAUGGCUAGAGAGGUUGCUAAGCUCUUUCAACUUAUGAGAAAAGAAAACCAAGUUAAACCUGAUAAAGUAACUUUCUUGGCUAUAUUAUCAGGUUGCAGUCAUGGAGAGAUGGAAAGUAAAGGGUUAGAAAUUUUUGAUGAGAUGAUUAGUGGAAAAGACGGGGUUGUGCCGGACAUUGAACAUUAUGGAUGUGUAGUCGACAUGUUAGGCCGUGCUGGUCAGGUGGAAAAAGCAUUUGAAUUUAUUAAACAGAUGCCUCUUGAGCCAAAUGCUGCUAUCUGGGGUUCACUAUUAGGGGCUUGUUUGGUGCACUCAAAUGUUGAAAUUGGGGAAGUUGCAGGUCAUCGGCUGAUAGAUAUAGAGCCGGAAAAUCCUGGGAAUUAUGUUAUUCUUUCUAAUUUAUUUGCCUGUAGAGGCAGAUGGGAUGAUGUGAGAAGCAUAAGAAGUUUGAUGGAAGAGAAGGCUGUUGCAAAGGAUCCUGGAAAAAGUUGGAUUGAAAUCGGUCAAAUCCUUCAUACUUUUCAAGCAGGUGAUCAGUUACAUCCACAAAUUGUGGAGGUUUAUGAUAAAAUGAAAGAACUAUUAGUAAAACUAAAGGAAUAUGGGUAUUCUCCUGAUUUGAGUCGUGUUUUAUAUGACGUGGAUGAUGAGCAGAAGGAGAAGAUUUUGUUAGGCCAUAGUGAAAAGUUGGCAUUGGCCUUUGGGCUGAUUUCGAGUCCACAAGGAAAGCCUAUCAGGAUCAUUAAAAACCUUCGGGUGUGUGUUGAUUGUCAUAGUUUUGCCAAGGUCGUGUCUCAAGUCUGUGAAAGAGAAGUGUUUAUGAGGGACAAAAACCGAUUUCAUCAUAUCAUUAACGGUGUUUGUUCUUGUGGAGAUUACUGGUGAUGCAAUUUGUGUAUAUAAACAGUAUGGAAAACAACAGUUGUUUUUCCGGGAACACCCCUUACCUCGUCUAUAAUUCUUUAAGAUUAAUGAUCAUUUGCUUAUUACAUUGUGUUUGGAGGAGGUGAAUAUGGGUUUCAGGUUCUCAAAUGGGUCAGAUUCAUAGUCAUGAAGGUGUAGGAUAUAUGGGAAGAAGUGCAGAUGUUUCAACGAUGUAGCUCCUGAUCAGAAUUAGUGCCCAUUUAAGACAAUCAUCCUGUCUGCAGCUUCGUUAGAACAGUAAGUUUGAUCGGUAAAUCGAUGUUUAUUUGUUGUGAUGACGUAUUAUAUUCUUACUUAUU